AUGAUUCCAUAUAGUGUCCCCUUAUUGCUCAAAAGGGAUCAUCAAAUGAAGCAGUUAUCUUCAAUAGAUAAUUCUUUUAGGUGUUAAAUAGCCAAGUAACACACAAUAAAGAGCUAUUCUCUUAAGUGGAUAAAAUGGGCCAAAAAGCAAAGCAAAAUAGUACUAACCAACGUUAGCACAAUAAAGUCAGAUGGGUCCUAAUUACUGAUAAGGUUAAAUGAGCCUAGAACAAGGAGAGGGCUAAAUGAGAUAAAAGACUUAAGAGCCUACUUAAUCAGAUGGAUAUUGGAUACAAGAUACAGAAAGAUCAGAACAAUAUAUUAAGAUGGAAGUUAUUUGUGCAAUUUUGAUGAUGAUAAAUAAUUUAGAAUUAAGGAAUUUCCCAUAUUAAAUCAAGACAUUGAUAGUAAAUUAUUUAAAAAUAAGUAAAUCGACAAAUUUGUUUAUACAGGUUACAAUUCAGUAAAACUAGCAAGCAGUAGUAAAAAUUAGAAUAAUUUUUUUUAAAAUUCUUUGUAGCAGUAGACUUACAUGAAAUAUCUUAACAGCUUAAACCACAACUGAAGCAUAAGAUGAUACUUCUAAUUCAACUGAAGAUAAUUAAGUAUCAAGAGCAGAAACAUAAGUAGGAUUCUGCAGUGACUAAUCUUGUUCAAUAUGACUUGACCAUUAAUAAAAUACGAAAAACAGAUGGAAUUAGAUUGUGA